AUCAUUCAUCCCUGUCUCCUCCUUUUAUUUUGAAAAACGAAGCUUAUGAUGCCAAAGAAGGAGUUUGAGUUGUUCAAGCAACUACUGGGAGAGUUGAACGAGAAGCAGACUACCAGGACAGACUACAUCCCCAGUAAGCCACUAGCGACUCCCAUGCCGCCGGCAGCCACGUCCCCCCCCCUGGCCCCGUCCAGGCUCCCCACGCCGCCGCUGCCUCCGCCGGCCCCCGAGCCCGCCAGGCCGACCCCCGAACCCCCCAGGCCGGCCACCGGGGGGGGCAGCGUCAGCCGGCAGAACAGCACCACGUCCAGCGACGGCGUCGCCAUGAGGGAGCACGGCAACCAGAGACCGCCGCCCGUCAACCGCAGGAAAUCCAACAUGGAGGAGGUCCAGGACGAGCUGAUGCACAGACUGACGUUGGGUCGCAGCGCCCAGAAGAAGAUCCAGGUGUCGUCUCGCGGCGGCGGCGGCCUGCCGUCCAACAGCAUCAGCUACGACUCGUCUCCUAGCGACGUCAAAGCCUGGCUGACGGCCAAAGGCUUCAGCCCAGUAACCGUCACCAGUCUGGGGGUGCUCACCGGCGCUCAGCUGUUCUCGCUCAACAAGGACGAGCUGAAGACGGUCUGUCCCGACGACGGCGCCCGGGUCUUCAGCCAGGUCACCGUCCAGAAGGCCGCGCUGGAGCUUUCUGUCCCCCAACUCUGCCAAGGUCUGGUCUGUGGUGUCUAUUUCCACCUGCAGGUUUUCUUCUGACCCUCCUUUGAUCUUCUGAAUCUGUAACUACAGUCAUUAAGAAGAGUUCAGGCUCUGAGCUCCAGGAGAUCAUGAGGAGGCGACAGGAGAAGCUGGCAGCCAGCACCUGGGACUCAGGGGUGGAGUCUUUUGAUGAAGGCAGCACCCACUGACCCCCCC